UUAUUUCAUGAUUUGAUCGAUAUGAUUGUUUGAAUUUAAUUUAUAGGUUAAGAUUCAUUUCAUUCAAACGUUUGUUGUACUUGAAGAAAUAUACCGUUUUUAAAAUUUCCCUGUUAAUUACGAUUAGUUUCAAUCCACAUAGUAAUAAUAUAACUAUUCUAAAAGAUAUAUUAUGGCUAAACAUCAUCCUGACUUGAUCUUUUGUCGUAAACAGCCCGGUGUUGCUAUUGGUCGAUUGUGUGAGAAAUGCGACGGUAAAUGUGUGAUCUGUGACUCGUACGUGCGCCCGUGUACGUUGGUGAGGAUCUGCGACGAAUGCAACUAUGGCUCUUAUCAGGGCCGAUGUGUGAUCUGUGGAGGUCCCGGCGUAUCAGAUGCCUACUACUGCAAAGAGUGCACAAUACAAGAGAAAGAUAGAGAUGGAUGCCCCAAGAUAGUAAACCUUGGAAGUUCAAAAACGGAUCUAUUCUACGAACGGAAAAAGUAUGGAUUCAAGCGUCGAUGAAUCGUACGUUAUUGCUUGCAACUGUAUCUUUUAUAUAACUAUUAUUGUAUGGAAUUAAAUGUGAGUUGAUGUGAGUGUGAAAUAAAUUUAUAAUUUCUCAAGCUA